GGCGGUUGGGGGAGGGCGGCGGGCCCCGGUUCAGCACCUCGGAGAGCUCCCUCCCCGGCCUUGUUUUGCACCGGCGCCGCCGCCGGGGGAGGGAGCCAGGGGGCCGGGCACCGGGCGCACCGCCGCCGCCGCCGCAGGAUGGCCGCAGAGGGGUCGCGGGGCCCCGGGGGGCAGAGGGCGCGGCCGUGAUCCCGCGGGGGUGCCGGGGCUCCCGGCGAGGUGGGGGGGCAGCUGGCGGCGGCAGCAGUAGCCGCACAUCUGGAUGGAAGCGAGCUUUGUCCAGACCACCAUGGCUCUGGGGCUGUCCUCCAAGAAAGCGUCCUCCCGCAACGUGGCCGUGGAGCGGCGAAACCUGAUCACCGUGUGCAGGUUCUCUGUGAAAACCCUGCUGGAGAAGUACACGGCUGAGCCCAUUGAUGACUCCUCCGAGGAGUUCGUGAAUUUCGCAGCCAUUCUCGAGCAGAUCCUCAGCCACCGUUUCAAAGCCUGUGCCCCAGCAGGUCCAGUGAGCUGGUUCAGCUCAGACGGGCAGCGAGGCUUCUGGGACUACAUCCGGCUGGCCUGCGGCAAAGUGCCCAACAACUGCGUGAGCAGCAUCGAGAAUAUGGAGAACAUCAGCACCGCCAGAGCCAAGGGCCGGGCAUGGAUCCGGGUGGCGCUGAUGGAGAAGCGCAUGUCCGAGUACAUCACCACAGCUCUGCGGGACACCCGGACCACCAGACGUUUCUACGACUCAGGCGCCAUCAUGCUGCGGGAGGAGGCUACGGUACUCACGGGGAUGCUCAUCGGACUCAGCGCCAUCGACUUCAGCUUCUGCCUCAAGGGCGAAGUGCUGGACGGGAAGACCCCGGUGGUCAUCGACUACACGCCCUACCUGAAGUUCACCCAGAGUUACGACUACCUGACGGAUGAGGAGGAGCGGCACAGCGCUGAGAGCAGCACCAGCGAGGACAACUCGCCGGAGCACCCCUACCUGCCACUUGUCACCGACGAGGACAGCUGGUACAGCAAGUGGCACAAGAUGGAACAGAAGUUCCGCAUCGUCUAUGCACAGAAGGGCUACCUGGAGGAGCUGGUGCGCCUGCGCGAGUCGCAGCUGAAGGACCUGGAGGCGGAGAACCGGCGGCUGCAGCUGCAGCUGGAGGAAGCGGCGGCGCAGAACCAGCGCGAGAAGCGGGAGCUGGAAGGCGUGAUCCUGGAGCUGCAGGAGCAGCUGACAGGUCUGAUCCCCGGUGACCACGCCCCCCUGGCCCAGGCUUCCAAGGAGCUGGUCACGCCCCUGGUCAACCAGUGGCCUUCACUGGGGACGCUCAGUGGAGCGGAGGGGACCAACAACACCAAACUCUACCGCAGCUCUUUGCUCUGUCACAGACACAGUUUCAUGAGCCCGGAGCCACUGUCAGCUGAAGCCAGUCUCAGCUCGGACUCCCAGCGCCUGGGAGAGAACAAGCGGGAUGAGGAGCCCUGGGGCCCCAUCGGGAAGGACCCCACGCCCUCCAUGCUGGGCCUCUGCGGCUCCCUGGCCUCCAUCCCCAGCUGCAAGUCCCUGGCGAGCUUCAAAUCCAACGAGUGCCUGGUGAGCGACAGUCCUGAGGGCAGCCCAGCCCUGAGUCCCAGCUGAGGAGCGCGUGGCCAGCGCCCAGGGCAGGCCCUCCAGGAAGGCUGCCCCAGCCAGGGGCCUCCUGGCCUGUUAGCUUGUCUGCCAAGCAGAGACACUGCUUGGGCGGGGCACCAAGGACCCCACGAGGGGAGUGAGGCUUGUGCUCCUGGUGACCCCGAUGUCCAUCUGGCUCCCCCCUGGAUUCUCCUCGGCUCGUGCCCCCCUCCUCCCACGCCUCUCCCUCCAUUCCUGUGUACCCCAGGCUCUUUCCUUCCUCAGCGCCGGGGAAGGCAGGUUCCAAGGGGCCUAGGCCAAUAAA